CGUGCCAGCCCCAGCCAGUAGCUUCCUCCAGUCUUUCCUUCCAUCUCUCUCCCCCUCCUCCCCCGUUCCCCUUCCGAAUUCCGAUCCAUCGAUCCCUAGGGCCUCGCGCCGGAGCCUGCCUGCCUGCCCAUCAUGGCGGGGUCGAUCCGCGUCACCAUGGAGGUCGGCGCCGACGGCGUCGCGCUCAUCACCAUCUGCAACCCGCCCGUCAAUGCGCUGCACCCCAUCAUCAUCCAGGGGCUCAAGGAGAAGUACGCCGAGGCCAUGGAUCGCGACGACGUCAAGGCCAUCGUGCUCACUGGUGCUGCGGGCAAGUUUUGUGGGGGCUUUGAUAUUAAUGUUUUCACAAAAGUUCAUGAGACUGGAGAUGUGACACUUAUGCCUGAUGUGUCUGUUGAGCUUGUGUCAAAUAUGAUGGAAGAGGGCAAAAAACCUUCUGUUGCUGCCAUUCAAGGCCUUGCUCUCGGUGGAGGACUAGAGUUGACUAUGGGUUGUCAUGCUCGGAUAUCUACACCUGAAGCUCAACUUGGAUUACCAGAGCUAACUCUCGGCGUGAUACCUGGAUUUGGAGGAACCCAGCGUCUGCCAAGGCUUGUAGGCCUGCCCAAAGCAAUAGAAAUGAUGCUGCAAUCAAAGUUCAUUACAGCAAAGGAAGGGAAAGAACGUGGUUUUGUUGAUGCGCUUUGCUCCCCUGACGAGUUGAUAAAAUUGUCACGCUUUUGGGCUCUGGAGAUUGCUAAUUGCCGUAAACCUUGGAUAAGAUCGCUUGGCAGAACGGAUAGGCUUGGCUCACUGUCUGAAGCUCGUGCUGUGUUAAAUAUGGCAAGAGAACAAGCAAAGAAGGUUGCGCUAAACAUGCCACAGCACCAAGCAUGCUUAGAUGUUAUUGAAGAAGGUGUAGUGUUUGGAGGCCAUGCUGGUGUUGUAAAGGAAGCCAAGGUUUUCAAGGAGUUGGUACUAUCAACAACAUCAAAGGCACUUGUCCAUGUAUUUUUUGCGCAACGUUCCACCACAAAGGUGCCUGGUGUUACUGAUAUUCAAAUAAAACCUAGGCAAAUAAAAAAAGUUGCUGUUAUUGGCGGUGGUCUUAUGGGCUCUGGAAUUGCAACAGCACUUCUAGUUGGCAAUAUAUCUGUUGUCCUGAAGGAAGUAAACCCUCAAUUUCUGAAAAGGGGACAAAAUACAAUAGCAGGAAAUCUUGAGGGCCUAGUCAAAAGAGGCUCAUUGACAAAGGAUAAGAUGAACAAGGCCAUAUCACUUCUCAAGGGUGCGUUGGAUUAUUCAGAUUUCAAGGAUGUUGAUAUGGUUAUUGAGGCUGUUAUAGAGAAGAUUCCUUUGAAGCAAUCAAUAUUUGCUGACAUUGAGAAAAUCUGCCCGCCACAUUGCAUACUUGCAACGAACACAUCCACCAUCGAUUUGAAUGUUGUUGGCGAGAAGACAAAAUCUCAAGAUAGAAUUAUAGGGGCACAUUUUUUCAGCCCUGCUCAUAUUAUGCCUUUACUUGAAAUUGUCCGUACGGAGAAGACAUCGCCACAAGCUAUCCUUGAUCUCAUCACAGUUGGGAAAAUAAUAAAGAAAGUUCCUGUUGUGGUUGGCAACUGCACGGGCUUUGCAGUAAACCGUACAUUUUUCCCUUACACACAGGGUUCUCAGCUUCUAGUCAGUCUUGGCAUUGAUCUUUUCAGAAUUGACCGAGUAAUAAGCAGCUUUGGCAUGCCUCUGGGACCUUUCCAACUCCAGGAUGUAGCUGGAUAUGGAGUAGCCUUGGCAGUGAAAGAUAUCUAUGCAGCUGCUUUCGGAACACGGAAUUUUGAUUCUGAUCUAGUGGUUUUGAUGGCAGAGGAUGGGCGACAAGGAAAGAUCAAUGGAAAAGGUUAUUACCUUUAUGAGAAGGGUGGGAAGCCAAAGCCAGACCCUAGUGUUCAACAUGUGAUUGACGAAUACAGAAAACGAGCAAAGACAAUGCCAGACGGAAAGCCUGUUACUUUAUCGGAUCAAGAUAUAUUGGAGAUGGUUUUCUUCCCGGUAGUUAACGAGGCAUGCAGGGUCAUGGAUGAAAAUGUUGUGAUCAGGGCUUCUGAUCUUGAUAUUGCAUCUGUCCUUGGGAUGGGCUUUCCGAAGUACAGGGGUGGCCUCAUCUUCUGGGCUGACACUGUUGGAGCAUCUUAUAUAUAUUCAAAGCUUACAAAGUGGGCUGAGCUUUAUGGUGAUUUCUUCAAGCCAUCAUUAUAUUUGGAAGACAGAGCAAAAAGUGGCCGCCUGCUGGGCGCGCCACGCAUGUCUCAACAAUCUUCGUCAAGGUCACGCAUGUGAGGUAUCUGUGUUCAGCACAUGGCAGAGGUGUUUGCUUGAACAACAUGAGCACCCUUGCCACACACAAAUGUAUUGUAUUCAAAAGGAGUUCCAGGGAAGUGUUCACUGCAGUGUAUUGGGUCGUCCAUCAUGUUCCAUUUUCGUAUUUGGGCUGCUGCUACGACAAUCAGAACAAUAGAUGUCAAGCAUGUUUUUUCUGAUUGUAAUUUCAUGGCUCAAUACUGUAACUAAUGGUAUGAUUGUCACAAGUAUAAUAAAGAGUAUGCUGCGUGUUUCCCAA